UGAGUGGGAACCAAGUACAAGCUUGAGAUGGAGGGGUACUGAAGUUGGUUUGCACGAUGGAAAUGUAGUCACAUAAAGUUCGUUGAUGCAGCACGACGAAGGUGGUCAUUACACAUUUGCAGCUUUCCGUAGCAUCUGGCUGGUAGCGUCAUGCCCAUCUGCAUUACGUGCACCGAACCAACUCCACAUCUCUACACAGUUUACGACUCUGCUUACAACCUCCGCCUCGAGCAAUGUAAAAAAUGUCUAUCGUUUGCUGACCUAUACGUCGAGCAUGACAGCUUGACCCUUAUUCUCGACUUGAUCUUGCUGAAGAGAGGUGUAUACAGACAUCUACUCUAUAACAGAGGGUCAGAACCGCGCAUUGUCUCGGAGAGCAAGAACACGGCAAUUCCUACCAACAAAAACGAUGUGGAGCUCGCUAAGGAGAAGGCAAGGUGGAUACGGAUACUCCGUCUCGGCAGCGGGAUGGUGCUCGUGGAUGCAUUUAUUCGCUGGGCGCAACUGAACCCUGCAAUAUCUGCUGACAUUUCGCAGUGGAGUAACGAAACAAGUGCUGUAUUUCUGCGCAUAUUAGUUGGUUGCUUUGUUGAAACGGUUGCUUUUCAUGGGGGUGUGAUACUAGCCUCGAUGCUCGUCCUCCACAUAUCGGAUUGGCUGGAUAGGGUGAAAUAUUCCCGAGAGGAAAGUGUUUCUGGGGUGCGCCAACAGUUCAGGACAUCACUGAUCCCUCUAUCUGUCCUUUAUUCAUCAUUCACGAAAUAUUUCCUGCUUUUCCUGCUAACUAUCUGGCGCCCCUCGGCAUCCAAGAUUGGUGGAGAACCAUAUCGAUACGGAGGUCCUCCUUACGAGAAUUCUCUAGUAGUUCGUGCUCUCGAAGUAUGGGACGAAGACAAGCUUGACCGUGAGUGGGUUGUACGCAAUGUCCUGGGGGGUAUGGCGGCUGGUUUUGGCUUACGAGUGGUGCUAGACUGCCAUCCAUUUUUCACGACUGCUGUUAUCCUAGUUGGGUGGGUCGUAAAGACAGCGGUUGCUGAAUUGCUGAGGGACUGGGUCAGUGCUGACCAGGAUGUCUGGUUGGCCUACAGUAUUCCGUAGUUAGCCCCUGUACGGCCUGUAGUGACAGGGACCCUUGACACCUCCACUGUCACUUCUGACCCUGCUCAUCGCCCAGCAUCACAACCAUGCCAGCCUCUUCCAGUUCAUCGUCUCGUGCUCUCAAUGCGAUCCUUCCGCUCAUCACCAGCAAUCAGCCGUAUGAGGCACAUCAGAAAGCGCGCACGUUUGCUUCGCGUUACGCGAAGUCUGGGCAGUAUGAUACCGCGAUCGAUGUUCUUUUCCAAUCUGCUCGUGAACUUCUCAAGACAGGGCAGCAGGGAAGCGGGAUAGAUCUCACAUGCUAUCUGAUAGAUGUCUAUGAGAGCAAGGGGGAGAGCGUCAAUAACGACUCACGAGGUCCUUUCGACGU